AUGGGCCAUAAAGGAACUCUCAAAGUUAUUGUUGUUAGAGGCAAAAAAUUAAAAGAUGAAGACGCCAUUGGCAAAAGUGACCCAUAUUGUGAACUUUGGAUCAAAAAAGAUUAUAAACAAAGGACCUCAACCAAAAAGGGAACAUGUGAUCCCGAAUGGAACGAAACAUUUACUUUCAAUGUUGACGGAGACCAUCAUCUUUACCUUAGAGUUUUAGAUGAUGAUAUUGUUUCGGAUGAUAAAAUUGGUGAAGCAAAAGUUGAUCUAAAUGAAGUUUAUAAGGCUAAAUACAUUAGCACCGAUGUCAAAUUGCCAGCUUUACUUGGUCUCACCAAUCACGGUUUCGUUCAAUUGAUUUUGGAAUUCUCACCGCAUUAA